AUGGCGGUUCUUACGGCACGCCCUUUCCAGGUUCGGUUUCCGGCUCACUUCAUCACUUUGAUUAUGAACUGUGUUGAGCAUGCGUGGUACUACGAUCCUUGUGAAUGGGGACCUGGGUGGCUUCUUCCCCCUCCUCGCGAGGCCUUAGGCAGGGAGACCCUUGUCCCCGAACCCUUUUUGUCUUGGCUGCAGAUCUCUUAUCACGCGGCUUGGAGCGCCUCUACACCGUUUCCGGAUCUGUACUAUCGGUGUCGUGGUCGGUUCCGGCUGACGCACCUUGCUUAUGCGGAUGAUGUCCUCAUAUUCGCUAAUACCUGUGGCAAUCGCAUCAGCCUUCUGACCGACUUUCUGACGACUUACGCACGGAUUACUGGCCAGAAGGUGAACUGUCAGAAAAGCCAGCUUGUUUUCAGCCGCCAGUGCCCGGAGACUGUUCAACGACAGCUCCAAUCGGUGACUGGUUUUGGCGCAGCUGAACUCCCUCUUACAUAUCUUGGCGCGCCCCUCUAUGUGGGCAAUCGGCGCAAUAUUCUUUAUGAGGAACUCCUUGGAAAACUCCGUCGUUAUCUGCACGCUGGGAUCGCUCGGUUCUAUCUCACGGGGGUCGAUUACAGUUAUCAGGAGCACUUUGUUCUCGCUCCCCCUAUAUCUGCUGCAGGUACUUUGCCCCCCCCAGGCGGUACUUCACUCUGUGGAGCAACUUUUUGCUCGUUUUUCUGGGGUUCUUAUCACGGGCACCGACGCCGCCAUUGGAUCUCCUGGGCGGAUAUUGCACGGCCACAGGAGGAGGGUGGGCUUGGCAUUCGUCGCCUGGCCGAUACGGUUCGGGCCUUCUCGUUUAAACUGUGGUGGCGACUCAGAGAUGGCUCCUCCCUUUGGGCUCGCGCGCUUCAACAGAAAUAUUUUCGGAAUUCCUUCCCAGGACUUGCACCCUGCAGGAGCUACGACAGCCCGGUUUGGAAGCGUCUCUGCCAGGUUCGAGAUGAGGCACAGACUCAGAUCACUUGGAAUUUGGGGCGCGGGGACUGCUUCUUCUGGUAUGAUAUUUGGUGUGGAGAUCGUCCGCUAUGCGCUGACCGCCAGGACCGCCCUCCGCCGAUACGGGUGAAAGAGAUGUGGGUUAACGGGACGUGGGACAUGUGCCGCGCCUCCGAGCUUACCUCCCUGAAACCCUUGUUCAGCAGGUCUCGGCGAUUCCUCCUGAUCCCCGACUGCGGAUCAGCCGAUCUGGAAGGCCUCGACCACAGGUACUUUCUCUACAACCUCAGCAUGGAGAUGAGCCGAACAGCUGGAGCACGGAGCUGGCUCUUUGCAGCUUGUGGUCGCCGCUUCUUUACUCCUACAAUGUCGGUAUUCCUAUGGCGGUCUUAG